GUCGUUUUUAAGCCUCACGAGACGAGCGGCCCCGAGCUCCACCGCCACCGAACCACGUCAGAGUGUGUUUUUGGGAUCUGUCGGGGACUUUGUGCGCGUUUCUGCCGCCCGGGACUCAAAGCGUUAACCCGCGUGUCCAUUUUUAAAGUGUCCUCCGCAGCCUGAGUGAGCAGAGACUCGGACAGACAUGACAACACACUUCAGGAGCGGACCAGCCUUCGGUCUCUCUGCCGAGGUCAAGAGCAAGCUUGCAGGGAAGUACAACCCCCAGAAGGAGGAGGACGUGAGGGUGUGGAUUCAGGACGUGACGGGGAAGAGGAUCGGGGAGAACUUCAUGGAGAGUCUGAAGGAUGGAGUCCUGCUGUGCGAACUCGUCAACGUGCUCCAGCCAGGCUCUGUUAGAAAGAUCAACAACUCCAGUCAAAACUGGCACCAGCUGGAAAACAUCGGGAACUUUGUCCGCGCAAUCACAGAGUACGGCCUGAGGCCACACGACAUCUUUGAGGCCAACGAUCUGUUUGAGAAUGUCAACCACACUCAGGUCCAGAGUACACUCAUCGCUCUGGCCGGCAUGGCCAAGUCCAAAGGUUUCCGCUCCAAGUACGACAUCGGAGUGAAGUACGCCGAGAAACAGCAGCGCCGCUUCGCUCCAGAGAAGCUCAGGGAGGGACGCAACAUCAUCGGCCUGCAGAUGGGCACCAACAAGCUCGCUAGCCAAAAGGGCAUGACCUCCUACGGCACGCGACGCCACCUGUAUGAUUCCAAGAUGGCCAUGGACAACCCGCUGGACCAGUCUACCAUCAGCCUACAGAUGGGAACCAACAAGGGAGCCAGCCAGGCUGGCAUGACAGCCCCGGGAACUCGGAGGCACAUCUUCGACAAGAAGCUGGAGCUGGAGAACUGUGACACCACCACCAUCUCUCUGCAGAUGGGCACCAACAAAGUGGCGUCCCAGCAGGGCAUGACCACCUACGGCCUGCCACGCCAGGUCUACGACAACAAGUACUGCACCAACCCCACCGAGACCUACUACAACAACGGGAGCGAGGCCGAGUUUGACGGCUACAACCAGUACUCUGACUAAGAAAAGCACAGACGGCCUCACCGCCUUCUCUCCUUCCUCCUCUUUGCUUCAGACAACCAACCACAGCUGUCUCUGUGACGAGCAAACCCUGCAGACUGAUAUUUAACACUGAUUGACGUCACAGUGGUCUUCAUUCCCUGUCUUUUUCUAAACAUACUUUUACUCUUAGGAAUUUGUUGUUUGUCUUUCCACGAGUGAAAGAGAAAAAAAUAGUGUUUACGCUGACCUUACGUCAAAGAUUUCACGCAGUGGCCAGCCUCUGUGUCCCGUCGAUGAAUUUUAUUGCCGCUAAAAAUACCCAAACAUUCAUUUGCUAUUUAUAGAUUUUUUUGCUGCAGCUUUUUAUACUUGCUUUGUAAUUAGAAAACUGUGUGUAGCGCCUCACCUUCAUACCCAGUUUGAACACUGACAAAUGCAGAAUUUUAGAGUUCCUUGAAAGGAAACGAGUGACCGUGUUGGUGCUAUUGAACUUUGACCCAGUUGGAACCGAGUCCACGUCCGCAGGCUCCAGGACUGCCACUCCUCGGGAGACGCUCCAGGUCCACAGACUGACCGGGAGACACAGGAGGACUCAUGGCUUUGUGCUUUUUUUCUUUUUUUUUUUUUUUUUGUGGGCACGUACGACGUAAUGUUCACAAGCUGGCCAAAUUACCCAUCACGCCGUUUUACGGGGCUAACUGACACGGCUUUGUUUGCAGCAUGAGACUUUAUUUUUUUAAGGAAGGUUUUGGAAAAAGCAGAAGGUCUGUCGGUAACGUUUUUGUAAAGUGAAAGAGAACGUGUAGGUGUUGCUAUAGACUGACGUUAGGGUAGCCGGUAGUUUGUGUCCCGUUGUUUCUUCCAUCCUUUUGGAAACGUCCUGCAGCUUCCUGAAGCCUCAGUAGCUCCGUUUGCACUUUAUCUGCCUUCACACGCGAAAACUUCACAGAGGUGGAAUUUAACAAAGUACAUUUACUUUGUUAAGGCUGCAACUUCCGAUUACUUUUACUGUCGAUUCAUCUGUAAAUUGUCUUCUCGAUUAAUCAUUCGAACGAUAAAAUGUCAGAAAAUAGUGAGAAAAUUUGACCAUUGCUUCCCAAAUGCAAGCCAGAUUUAUUUAUUUAGCACAUUUUAUACCCAAUGGCAACCCAAGGGCUCGCACAGAAAUGGGCGAGUCAAAUUCAAGGACUUUAAAGGACUAUUUCAAGCGCUACCUUUUUAUUUUAAGGAUAAAAUUGUUUUUUUUCCACCA